GCCUGCGUUGCAGGACGAUUGAUAGAGUCAGUUUCACUGGCGUUUGCCCUGCUUGUUUUUGAGAAAUGUUUUUAAACUGUUUUUAUCUUGACACGCUGAACAUGUUUUAAUUUUAUUCCGGUUAAGAAUGAAGCUAUUAUUUUAAUAAUAACGAAUGCCAAGAACGAAUAAUAAAUAUAUUUUUUGACAGUUCAGCCUCAUUCUAUUCAGGCAGAAGAGAGGGCAGGAAGGCCGGGGGCCCUGAAGACGGGGCAUCGGGAAAUCUGAGAGGCAGACAGCGGGACCUGCGUGACCUCUGGCCCCCUGUCAAAAGAUGACCGUCCACAACCUGUACAUCUUCGACCGCAAUGGCACCUGCCUGCACUACAGCGAGUGGAACAGGAAGAAGCAGGCAGGCAUCUCCAAGGAUGAGGAGUUCAAGCUGAUGUAUGGAAUGCUCUUCUCUAUUCGCUCCUUUGUCAGCAAGAUGUCUCCCAUCGACAUGAAAGAUGGGUUCCUGUCUUUUCAGACCAGCAGGUACAAACUGCACUACUACGAGACCCCCACAGGGGUGAAAAUCAUCAUGAACACGGAUCUGGGGGUCCCCAGCUGCCGGGACAUCCUGCACCAGAUCUACAGCACCAUUUAUGUGGAGUAUGUGGUGAAGAAUCCUCUGUGUUCAAUGAGCGAGACGUUGCAGAGUGAGCUGUUCAGCUCCAGGCUGGACACCUUCAUCAGAACGCUACCCUUCUUCAGUGUCCGGGCUGGCUGAUGAGACCACACGUCAACACAGAGCUCACCGAGGUUCACUCUCAAGAUGAUAUUUUAUUUACUUCUAAUUUUUUCCCCGAAAUCCACACUUUUCCAAGAACCUGCCUGUAAAACCAGCAGCUACAGUAGGGCUUAUUGUGGCUUCUUAAAGUCUCUUAGAUUUCAAAGAAAGAACUUAGCAGACACACAGAGAAUCAAUCUUAAAGGGCAGAAUAAUGUUGUCCUUGAAAACUGUGGAAAUGGUGAAGCCUUUAUUGUUAUUAUGGUUGCAGGUGCCUGAUUUGCAUUGGUGAUGAUGAUGAUUUUUGUAAAUAUCAUUAUUGUUGUCAUCGUCAUGAAACCGCAUUGUGACAAUAUAUUCCAUUGUGACUGCUGUCUGCUUAGAAACAAAGUAAUUUCAGAGUUGUAGCCAGUGGCUGUUACUGUAUUUGUUACUCAUUUCUGCUGUAAAAACUCCUUCUCAGGCUUGGGGCAUGUUGGGGGGUUUCCAGGCUGGGCCACAGGAGGGCACCAGAGAGCACCUUGCCAUUGCUAAUAAACCACUAGAGAACUGGCA